GGAGAGACUCGUCCCGGGAGGCGGAACUCAUGAGCAGGCGUGGGUUCCGCCCGGACACGGAUGUCUGUCGCACACAGCGGAUAACCGGAUGUGAAGUUGCCCCCCCUUCGCCCCGGCCAUGGAUGGUGACGGUGAAGGCGCCGGUCAGGGGGUCGGAGGGCAGCGGCCGGUCACCCUGCACGGCGCCCAGGACAGGAGGAAACGGAGCCGCUCGUCCUCGUCCUCGUCCUCCAGCCGGUCCAGCGAGAGGAAGAAGCACAAGAAGAGGAGCCACACGUGGAAGAAAAAGAAAGAGGCCAGGCGGAAGAAGAAGAAGUCUAAGAAGCUGAGAAAGGUGAAGAGAGAGCGAGAGCCCGAGCCCGGGGCCACGGGCGGCGGGGCAGUCGGCCCUCCACAGCAGCUGAGCGAGCAGCCCGGGGAUCCUGGGACAGUUCUUACAGAUGAGCAGAAAGCUCGAAUUCAGGCCAUGCGACCAAUGACUAAAGAGGAGUGGGAGGCCCGGCAGAGUGUCGUCCGGCAUGUUGUGGACCCAGAGACCGGCAGAAAGCGGCUGAUUAAAGGUGAUGGUGAAGUUCUGGAAGAAAUUGUUAGCUUUGAGAGACACAAAGAAAUUAAUAAGCAGGCAACGAGGGGCGAUGGAUUCACUUUCCAGGUGAGAAUGGGCCUGAAAAGGUGACGAGGUGAAAACCUUUGGGAUGACUGGAGGGUUCAGAUCGAUUCGUGCCGAUAAUUAGAAUUUUAGUUGAGAAUGGCUUUUGAUUAGUUUUUAAUAAAUUGUACAGCAAUUGCAAUUUUGUCCUUUGUGCUGUAG